AUGCGGGCGCUCUGCACGAAGUACAACGACAGGCCGCGGGAGGCAUCGCGCCCGUUCGACUCAGAUCGUGGCGGCUUCGUGAUGGGUGAGGGCGCCGGCGUAAUGGUGCUCGAGGACCUUGAGCACGCGCAGCGGCGGGGUGCUCGCGUCCUCGCGGAGCUGCGUGGAUUUGGCGUCUCGAGCGAUGCGCACGAUGUCGCCGCGCCGCACCCUGAUGGACGUGGCGCGCAGUUGUGCAUCCGCGCAGCUCUCACCGACGGCGGCGACGUCCCGCCCGAGGCGGUGGUGUACGUAAACGCACACGCCACCGGUACGAUCGGUGAUGAUGUGGAGCUGCGCGCGCUGGACGCCGUGCUGUGCAGCAGAAACGACACAAAGGGCGGCCGGUGCUCGCCUCUGUGUGUGAGUAGCGUGAAGGGCGGCCUCGGUCACCUUCUAGGUGCUGCAGGAAGUGUGGAGGCCAUCGUGGCGAUCAUGGCGCUCUUUCACCAACAGGCGCCGCCGAAUAUUAACUUGCACACGCCCACGGUGGAGGCGUCGGAGCGGCUGCUGCUGGUGCGUGGCGACGCGCCGCAUGCCGUUCGAGGGGAGGCUGUGAUCUCCACGAGCUUCGGAUUUGGUGGCGUGAACACGGCGCUGCUCUUCACCCAGGCAGAGACGGCGUAG